AAGACUUGUAUGGUUACGUAUGUGUAUGAGUUCUGAGUGUAUCAACGCACGCCGCCUCCAGCCGGGGCUGACUUCACUUUAGGUAAGCUGCGGAUGGACUGUUCCAUCUUCCAUCUUUCCCUCCCUCCACCUUCUGUCGGUCUUCCUGUCUCCACUUUUUUACUAUCACUCUGUCUGUCUGUCGUUGUUUCUCUUGUCUCCUCUUUUGCCUCUUUCUAUGCUAUCUCUCAAUCAUUUCCCCUCUACCCUCCCUCCUCCCAUUCAAUUCUUCUGUCAGUGAUACCUCUGUUUCAAUCUACAAUCCGCACCAUACUGCCACCACCCCCUGCACCAAUUCGUGGCUAUUUUCACACAUUCUUUCGUCUUCGUUGCGGUCGGACUGUUGUCGACCGUGUUGUCGGGUCAAGGCUCCCCUCCCCUCCCCUCAUCAUUCCCGGGCUGGAACUGGCUCUGGCACUGGCUCUGGCACUGCGUCCCCAAUCCAAGUUUCCGGUGCGAAGCCCGUUAGUUCGGUCACCACCCACACCACCCACACCCAGUGAUUAGCACCGCCUUCCCUCCCUCUCUCCCCCGCGGCUUCUGGCCCGUCGCUGGGUCCUCGUCCGCCCGUCGCAACUCUUCCUCUCCAUCUUUGUGUUCUUCUUCACUUGUUCUUGUCCACGUCUGCUCUGUUUGAUUCCAUCCCGCACAUCCCCUCCUCUUUUUGGACCUUUUGGACCAUCUGGACGAGUCCUUGGUCCGUUCCAGGCUCCAGUCUCCGGCCAUGACGCAACUUUUCGCUUCCAGUCCGUCCUCGGUGACGAACGAGAAACGCGGCAACUUCCCGAGCCUAUCUCUGGCCUCCAAGAAACAACAUUC